AUGUCUUUGGUGGCUACUACCGCACGCAGAGUGAUCCACAAAUGGACAACCAAAGAUGGUCUCUUGGGAGACUACGACUACGCCUAUCUCUUCACGCCAAGGCUGCCCUUCAUGAAGACGUCUGAAAAGAUACAACCAUUUUUUGGUCUAGACGACGAUAUUCCCGUCGUUCUCGGGUUCUUGCUCGGACUCCAGCACGCCUUAUCCAUGCUUGCUGGUCUGGCAUCGCCUCCGAUCCUAAUUGGUACCUAUGCCAAUUUGUCUGAUGAUCAGCAACAGUACUUGGUUUCCUGCUCCCUUAUCAUUUCCGGUAUCCUUUCUGCAGUUCAAAUUACUCGAUUCAAGAUUCCGUUCACGCCUUAUUACAUCGGAACGGGUUUGGUUUCUGUUGUGGGUACCUCGUUUGCUACUAUCAGCAUUGUGUCCAAGGCGUUCCCAAUGAUGUACAAGAGUGGUGUGUGUCCUGUUGCCGACGACGGCACGCAGCUCCCCUGCCCUGACGGCUACGGUGCCGUUCUUGGAUCUGCUGCCGUGUGUGGUUUGCUCGAAAUUCUGCUCUCCUUCAUUCCGCCAGCCAUUUUGCAAAGAGUGUUUCCGGCCAUCGUUACCGGUCCUGUCGUUUUACUGAUCGGUGUUUCGCUAGUUUCGUCCGGUUUCGAAGAUUUCGUUGGUGGCUCCAGCUGUGUAGACACUGCCAACUCGUGUGCCAAAGGUUACAACUGGGGAUCCGCCCAAUUCAUCGGUCUCGGUUUCCUUGUCUACGUCGCCAUCAUUAUCUGUGAAAAAUGGGGUUCUCCUAUCAUGAAGUCCUGUGCUGUCAUUGUUGGACUGCUUGUCGGCUGCAUUGUCGCUGCUGCUUGUGGCUACUUCUCGCACGACAACAUCGACGCUGCUCCAGCCGUCACCUUCAUGUGGGUCCACACCUUCAAACUCUCCGUUUAUGGUCCCGUUGUGCUGCCGUUUUUGGCGUGCUACAUCGUGCUGAUGAUGGAAGCAAUCGGAGAUAUCACCGCCACCUGUGAUGUGUCCAGAACAGACAUCGAGGGUCCGCUGUACGAGUCCAGAGUCCAGGGAGGUGUGCUUGCCGACGGUUUCAAUGGUAUCAUCGCCGCUUUGAUGACCAUGACCCCAAUGUCCACCUUUGCCCAGAACAACGGUGUCAUCUCCAUCACCAAGUGCGCAUCCAGAACCGUUGGAUACUGGUGCUGCUUCUUCUUGAUUGUCAUGGGAGUGUUUUCGAAGUUCGCCGCUGCAUUGGUUGCCAUCCCAAGCGCCGUGCUCGGAGGAAUGACCACCUUCCUGUUCACCUCUGUUGCUGUUUCCGGUCUCAAGAUUAUCUCCACCACUCCUUUCACAAGAAGAGACAGAUUCAUCUUGACCUGCUCGCUCAUGUUCGGUUUCGGCGCCACGCUUGUUGGUGACUGGUUCGACAACGUCUUCACCUACUCCGGUGACAACAAAUCGCUUUCUGGAUUCUUCAACGCCAUCGUCCUGGUGAUGGAAACCGGCUUUGCCGUGACCGGUUUCCUUGGUGUCUUCCUCAACCUGUUCAUUCCGCAGGAACCAGACACCACCGACCUGGCCUCCGAGCUCAUCGAGGAGCACGUCAUCAGCAACGACGACUACGUCCGCGAAUCGCAAGGAUCCUCUUCCGAGAAAAAGCUGGCUAAAUAA